UACUCCUUCUCCGUCCACCACCUCCAUGCCUUCGCCAACUCUUUCUAGAAAACGAAAACGCGGUCCGUCAGAUGCGGGGGAGCGAGGAAACAUAUCCCUAGAACUUUCUCACAUCCCAGUGAUUCAACCUGGUCCUGUCCUUGUGAGCUUCCCAUCGCUCCAGCCUCCCAAAUCAACGGCUUUCCAAUGUUAUGUUCGCGAAGGAGAGGACGAUAGAGAGUUUGUGAAGCAGAACACGGUCGUAGCCGGUGAAACAGACUCAAUAGAAUUCUCUGGACCAAGCAUUGGCGAAGAAGAUGGUCUGGGUAGCAGCUAUUAUCUUGCCGUUCACCACCCAUCUACCGGCAAGGUUGUUCUGCAGCCUGCACCUCUUCAUAUCCUCACUCGACAGGUUAAAGCGCUUAAGCACCUCAAGCCUAUUGCGCCUACCGCAGCUGAGCACUUGCAAGCGCGCAAUGCAUUGGGCGAGACAUUCGGGACGAAGAAGGCUCAGGCUGCCAUUCGUGCUUAUCAGCGAAACAAAGUCGACGUGAGCGCGAUGGAGAACGUUGCCGGGAUGCUACAAGAUCGUAUCGAAGAGGGGACCGAAAAUCUCCCCACAAAAGAUGAGGCAAAGCUCGCUGCCGAUGCUGCGCGGUUGAUCCCACCUUAUAAUAUGGAUGCCGAAACACCAGAAGACGCUUAUCCCUUGCAUGGCAUCAUUCCAGAGCAGGAGUGGAGUGCUCUAGACGCUCUGUAUCGCCCAUUAAAAAAUAUGAGUUCAACGCUCGACCGGAUGAAGUCGCUACCAAAUGUGAGAAGCCAAUGGGUCCGCGAGCACUUGAACCUCGCGUACGCAACACCCAAACCAAGCUCCAAAAUUGUCAAAAUGUUGAUAUAUAUCACAACAUUAAUGGCUUUCCGUUCUGCUACGGGAAAAGCAGUACCAGAAAGACGUGCGCUUCUAGAGCGCUUGUCUCCAGCACCUGAGGUUAUCGUCGAUGGUCUCCUCACACGCUUCACGGAGAAAGCAAGGGGUUCCACAAAAGCCCACAUGACUUCUCAGACGGACACGAUUCUGUUGACAAGUAUGUUUGCUCUCUGUUUGAGAGUCGACGAUUAUGCGACGGACACUCAGCUCAUGGCAACGGAUCUCAAAUUGGGCGUCACGAGAAUAAACACGUUAUUCCGCUCCUUAGGCUGCAAAAUCGAGACUCUAACUCUUCACGACAUGAAGAGAUUAGGUCUACCUGACAGCGCCGCCGAGAAUAAGCGGGCCCUACUUAAAAUGCCGCUCACCUUCCCGAAGCCGAGAUCAGGCAAGAGAGGUUGAAAUGCUUCUACGGGCCUUCUCGCGAUAGUCUUCAAUUACAUGGAAAAAUGUAGUGCCGUUAUAUAUUUAUGAUUGUC